AUGGCACAUAAUGUUUAUUUUGAAGUAGAUCGCUCAAACCAAGAGCGGUAUAUAAUCAUUUGUAAAAAUCCUGAGUGUGCAUUCAGACUGUGUGCUUCGUAUAGAAAGAGAAGUGAUGCUUGGGUCAUAGGGUCGAUUUCACAACAACACAUAUGUGUCAACUCGAAUACGGCCCAAGAUCAUACGAAGCUUAGUUAUGAUCUUAUCUGUCAGGAGAUCUUGUCUCUCAUCAACUGUGACCCGUCUCUGAAGGUGAAGACCAUUAUCUCGUAUAACGUUACAACCUACAAUUAUACUCCAUCAUACAGAAAGGUUUGGAUAGCGAAAACAAAGGUGAUUGAAAUUGUGUACGGCAAUUGGGAGGAGUCAUACAAAACUCUUCCACGUUACCUAACUGCGCUUCAAACGUAUGCUCCAGACACCGUUGCUAUUCUAGAGACACUGCCAGCGCAUGCUCCGGAUGGAACUCGUGUCCAAGGAAAUGGAAUAUUUCAUCGUCUUUUCUGGGCUUUCCAACCUUGCAUACGAGGGUUUGCAUAUUGUAAACUGAUACUGCAAAUUGAUGGAACUUGGUUAUAUGGUAAAUACAAAGGAACCAUGUUGAUGUCGGUUGCACAAGACGGAAACAACAACAUAUUUCCAGUAGCAUUCACAACAGUGGAAGGUGAAACUGUCGCGGGUUGGAGUUUCUUUCUAAGGAAUCUCCGAGAACAUGUUGCUCCUCAACCCGAUCUUUGUUUAAUCUCAGAUAGGCAUGCUUCCAUUGAAAGUGCUUAUAACAAUCCAGCAAACGGAUGGCAACACCCACCAUCAACACAUGUAUAUUGUAUUCGCCAUAUUACUUAG